GUAAACACUGAAAGACGCAACGUAGAAGGUAUGCCCAAGUUCUAUUUAUGCAGUGUGGUAUAUACAACCGGGAUAGAGUAGGGAUACUUCCUGCAAGCGUGCAGUUACGAGAACAUUUAUUAGCACGAGCAGUUCCUGCGGGAACAAGCUACCUGUUGAGCGACCACCCCGAUUAUCCAUCUCGCACUAUUUCCGUUAGUUAGUUUUUGUAAAUCGGCGCGGUUUAAGUGAUUCUACCUUCUUGGUGAUUCCCCAAGGAAUGGGGGGCGGCAAAACACAUGAAGUGUUGGUGACCUUGACGCGGAAUUCCGCCAACGAACCCUGGGGAUUUAGUCUUGUAGGUGGUGUCGAUGUUAAAACCCCAUUAAUUGUCACCAGAGUGUCCUUCGGGUCGAGGGCGGACGGUGUUCUUCAACGCGGGGACAUCAUCACAAAAAUUGGAAAUUACGACUCUAGGGAUAUUCGUCAUCAAGACGCCCAAACUCUGUUCAAUAACUCUGGAAAUUCAGUCAGAGUUGUCGUCCAAAGAGAGCCGAGCAAGAUUCGCAAAGGGGGCAGCGCGGGCUCGUCGCUGACGAGUCCCUUGUCUGUCUCGCCCCAUUUAUCACCGCGAGGUGGCGGCGCCGUUUCCAGCCCCGGGUAUUCACCGGGUGCACCGGCUUUAACACCCUACUAUUCAACUCCUUUUACGCCUUUAGAUGACUACCAUUUCUCCGUACAAGACAAUUUCGGAAAUUUCGGAGGUGGAAGGGGAUCUGAAGAUCCUAAUUUGCACGUUACAAAUCAGCCUUACCGUACAACUCCGUUAGUUUUGCCUGGUGCAAAAGCGAAAAGAGAUGCUGGACAUACGGAAAGUUAUCUACGUCAUCAUCCCAACCCAGCUGUGCGAAAUCCACCAUCUCACAUUGUUGAUGUUGAUCAUGUGUUGAAGUCUAAGGUGGCGAAUACGGUCCUCAACAGAAUACAAGUAGCCGAUCCUAAUAUACAGGUUGUCCAUAAACAAUUUAAUUCUCCGAUUAAUAUGUAUAGCGAUGCAAAUAUUGCGGACACUUUAGCUAAACAGGGAGUAAAGGUACGUAAACCUGUAAAAUACAAUCCAGCUGAAAGUGAGACAUACAGAGCUGUUCAAGAAGAACAAUUAGGUGAUAACGUUCAAGAAGUUUUAAUACCACCACAACCAAAAGUUUUUACACCUCAUAAACCAGCACAAGUAAAGAUUGCUGAUCCACAAUAUCAACUUCCGAAAAAGAUGCCUGAAAAUCCGGAAACGAUCCAUCAAAGUAACUCAUUCAAGAGGUUGAUGUGGAGCGUUAUGGCCGAGAGCAGCUAUUGAAAAUAAUUAAAUUGAAGAACAACCGAAACUUUUAAUUUAUUUUUUGUUCAAUCUCAAAAAAAAAAUAAUAAAAUAAAUAAAAUAAAAAUUCCGAAACAACUAAAACGACGGGUAUUUUAAAAAUACCCGAUUGCUAGAUGCAGUUAUCUGUCAAGUUUUAACUUUUAAUCCCAAAAAGAUCGGGAUAAGAUUUUUUUUAACAACAUACACGUAGAGCCCUUUUAACGACAUAAAAUCAAGUACAAAAGUGUAAAUUUGGUAGGUAUAAUGUGUCUUGUCCUUAAUAUUAAAAUAUUUUAAAGAUCUGGUAAACAAAAAAGAAAAAAAAAAGAAAUAAUUUUGUUUCGCUUAGCGCUUUUUUUCAUAUUGUUGAUUUUCUUUUGAACGACGUUUAAUAAUCGAGUGCUAUCUAGUCAUUACGUUGUAUCGAAGAUAAAAUACCUUCGAGGAUUAUGUUUAAAAUAUAUAUUAAUUAUUAUUAUAUUUACAAUUAUUAUUAUUCAAAUUAUAUUGUUAUUUUUGUAUAGGAUUUACGUUAAAGUGUUGUACUUAAUAUAUUUAUUAAUUACUUAAACUAAUAGAGUGACAAACAAGUAGUUUCUAUAAAAGUAAGUUUUUUUUAGUUUGUAAUCAAUUUUUAAAUAGCGUCGUCGCUUUACGCACAGCUCCUUUUAUCGUUUUAAUUUAUUUUGUUUUGCUUAGAUAGGAUUGUUGUAAUUUUUUGGUGCAGUGUAUUUAUACAUGUAAUAAAGCUAUAUUUAUUUAAA